CCCUCCCCCGUCUCAUCCCUUCCCGUCCAGCACACGGAGCACAGUCCCUACAGACGGCUCCUGCCACCAUCGCUGGGGUCAUGUCGUCAUCCGUCAGUUCGUCCUCCACCUUUCGCUCCGAACGUUACAGCACCUACAGUCCCAGUGGAAAAGCCUGUUUUGAACCCCUGCUGGACCCUCCCCAUGGCAUCUUUGGUCCCGGGAGGGCCCGAGAGUCCUACGGAUACUCAGGUUCUCCCCCAUCGGUGCAUCCGUCUACGCUGGGCAGCAGCAACGUGAUUGCCAGUGGGGACAAGUACCAGGUCGUGGCUGAUGUCAGCCAGUUUGAGCCACCAGACAUCGUGGUGACCACGUUCAAUUACUGCAUCGUCAUCCAGGCGGAAAAGGUGGCGGAAGAUGGCACCGUCUCUAACACCUUCACCCACAAGUGCCAACUUCCGACAGACAUGGAUCCCCUGUCUGUCAGUUGCUCCCUGAACGACUCGGGACAGUUAAUCAUCACGGCCCGACGUCAGCUCCUGGCACCUCCUCCCCUUUAUCGUUCAGAAGUCAAGCUCUAAAUGGCCUCCCUUGCCAUGGCCAGCGAAGCGGGGGUGGGUGGGGGGAGCUGAUCCUGCCCCACUUCCAGCAUUGCUUUGGACGGGCUCAAAACGGCCUCCAGAAUCCACAGGUGGUGGAUGCUUU